AUGGGGGCUACGGUGAUCCCAGGCUACCCAAUGAAGGCUACGGUGACCCCAGGCUACCCCAUGGGAGCUACGGUAAUCUCUGGCUACCCAAUGGGAGCUACGAUGAUCUCAUGCUGCGCCAUGGGAGCUCAGGUGAUCUCAGGCUACCCCAUAGGGGCUACGGUGAUCCAAGGCAUCCCCAAGGGAGCUUCGGUGAUCCCACGCUAUCCCAUGGGGGCUACGGUGAUCUCAGACUCCCCCAUGGACGCUUCGGUGUUCUCCGGCUACCCCAUGGAAGCUACAGUGAUCCUAGACUACCCCACGGGAGCUUUAAUGAUCUCAGGCUUCCCCAUUGGAGCUACGGUGAUCCCAGGCUACCCCAUUGGAGCUACGAUGAUCCCAAGCUACCCCACGGGUGCUAUUUUGAUCUCAGGCUUCCCCAUGGGAGCUACGGAGAUCUCAGGCAACCCCAUGAGGGCUACGGUGAUCUCAGGCUACCCCAUGGGAGCUUUGGUGAUCUCAGGCUACUCCAUGGGGGCUUCAAUGAUCUCAGGCUACGCAAUGGGAGCUACGGUAGUCUCAGGCUACCCCAUGAGGGCUAUGGUGUUCCUAGGAUACCCCAUUAGGGCUACGGUGAUCCUAAGCUACCCCGUGGGAGCUACGGUGAUCCCAGGCUACCCUAUGGGAGGUACGGUGAUCUAA